GUCUCCUCCACACAACAACAAAAUUCGAUAAGCAACCUCUGCAAUCUACACUGAAUUCUGUUGUCAUACUUCCUGUUAUAAUUUCAUUCCUUCAUAUAGUAAAAUAAAUAAAGAAAAAUAUCACAUGUUCCUUGAGGCUAUCCUUGUGCAGUACAUCUCAUCUCACAUAUGGUAGUAUGGUAUGAGACAGGCCUCGAUUCCUUUUUCUUUUUCUACAAAACGAACUUCUCAACAUCUGGAACAGAGGGCGCGGACGUGGGUGAAGAAGGUAAAAGGCGAGAGAGAUUGAGCAGAAAGCAUUCGAUACGCCUCUGUACACGAAAGGUCUCUAAUGCUUUUCAAACCGACCUUGAAUUGUUAUCAACGCGGAUUCAAUGAAUUCUCGACAACGUCCAACUUAAGACAUGCGCCGACCGCCCGAUAAAGAGGGCAAUUCUGCCAUGACCGAACGAGAUGUUGUCUCCUCUAAUGCCACAUUAAACGCCUUUUUGGGCGGGUCCCGACAAAAAUCUUGGAUGAUCGCAGGAGGGGCACCAGUUCGACCGACUCCACGACGUCCUAGCAUCACUAAACCGUCAGAUCAGCCCAAUGCGAAUAAUCCUCAAAGGACUUCGACCACUACUCUGCUUUCGCCAGUAACGAGCGACGAAUCAUCGAGUCCCGGACUGGCGCAAAAUUCUGUGCCUCUUCAAAAUACACACACCGCUUCCUUGUCCGGCACGCAGGGUUCUUCGAGAGUGAAUGCCACAAUCGCAACAAGUCAAGCUCUGCAAGAAGCAUGUAUUACGCCUUCAAAUCCCGAUAUUGUACAGCCUCGAGUUUUCCCUGACGUAGCGAGAGGCGAACCCGACGAACCUUGCACAGUGUCAAUAUCUGCAAGGCCUCCUCUGUCGGAAGAAAUCUCUCAGCUGCAGACCUCAGCUAACAUCACUUCAACUGGAAACUCACCCAAGGAUUCACUGCACAGGUCCUCUUCAGAUCCAAAUACAAGAAGUCGGGUACCAUCUGUUACCACAAGAAACUCAGAAAUAUUCCCAGCAAUUCAGGGUCAAGUGGAGCAGACAAUGCUUUCUCAUACCCAGCGUCCUCAGCGGCGGCCAUCAUUUCGCCCUACCAUGCCUUCUUUGAAGCCCCGUGCUGAAAUGGUAAAGAAGUAUAUCGAACAAUAUGGGGGUAUGGCCAGCUUAAAUUCUGCGCUUGAAAAGCCAAGGUUCAGUUUGAUGGAAACUGCCUGCAAGUGUGACGAUGUCCAUUAUGUUGCAACACAUCAGUUGUUUUGUGUGUGGGAUACAAGUCGUAAAGAUAUUACAGGUAUAACUGAGCUUCCAGACUCAGUGACUUUAAGUCAUGCGUUUCGGAUACUUGGUCAGCUGAUACGAGACAAUGAAGGCAUGGCACCAAAUCAUCUUAGAUGGUUUGCUAAUUUUCCAAGUCCAUUUGCUGACUUGAUGAAAAACUCCGAGCCAUAUCGGCGAAUCGUUCAAGAAGUCGGCACAUUUCUCUCAAAGUUGGUUUCUAAUUGGUCGGAACUAACGAGAAUGUGUGCUAGCAGAGGCCACCCGCCGCUAGUUGAUGAACUGAUUAAUGAGCUAGGGUUAUUAUCACCGACUUUACAGAAUAUUGUCUUCACUGCAACCAGGCGCAACCUUAAUAUAGUGGAUGAUGAAUAUGGUAAUGAAAUGGAAAAAGUGUUUGAGCAAGAUAAAACAGGACACAGAGAACUUGCUGCUCGAUAUAAUACUUCUCGGCCGCCCUCGGAAAAGGAGAUUCAAGAGAGAACUAAAACCAUAGUGCAAAGGUAUAUGGUGAUAUCUUUGAAAUCGCGCCAGAAGAUGUUGACGAAUAUGGCUCCGCAACCUUCAACAACAGCACCAGCGACUCCCUCGAGCACCGGCCAGAUCCCAAGGAUUCCAAGUGGACCGUACCCUCCAAUAGGUUCGAGUUUUAAUUCCAACCAGAAUAAUCCUCAGCAAAAUCAUGUUCAGAACCGUCAAACUGGUCAAACUUUAAGUCAAAUACGAACCUCGUUUACUAGACCUUCAUCACCUUUAAUUAUAGCAAGUGCGAGCAGUAUUCAUCAGAAUAUUGCGCCACGUACAGGUAUAGACACACCUAGUGCAAUUCCCAUACAAGCCUUGUCCAUGGAGUCGCCAAUCCAACAGGGAUUCCAAUAUUCGUCACCUAUUCUUCGCAGUAAUGGCACUCCAUUCCCGCCGUUGGCAUUGCAGAGUAAUGGUUCUCAGUCACCAAUUAUAGGACAAAAUCAGGGACCUCCUCAAGGCCAAUUUAACUUUGACCCAAGAUUCGACAAUAGACAGCAGCAGCAUUAUCCACAACCAUUUAUGCAACAGGCGCAUGGCCCGGCACAGUAUAGCCCAAAUAAUACCCAACAAACGAGUUCUCAGCAACUGCAGCAAAUUCAGAUGCAUCAACAGCACCUACAGCAUCAACAGCACCAGCAUUGGUUACAGCAUCAGAUGUCUCAACAGCAGCAGGCCCAAAAUCAAGCUUUAGCACUGCAGCGUCAAGCUCAUCCGAGAAGAGAUAGCCAUCCAGUCAAUGGCCAGCCACAGCAGCAGCAAGUUUUAUCAAGAAAUGGUAGCAGAAACAGUACCAGAAAUAAUAGCGUUUCCGGCGAGCAUAUGUCUCCGUUGGUGAGUGGUUCUAUUUAUAUGCGAAACAAUCCUCAAGGAAACCAAGGACCUCCUCCAUACCCAAGGGCAAUGACUUUCGAAGAGCAGGAAUGCAUACGAUAUAGAAACAUAUCUGAUCCCAUGAAGAGAUCUUUCAUUCCUCCCCUUGGUUUUACGCAUCCCCAGGGAAUUCCAGAUCCAGAUAUGAAAGCUCUCCAUCAAGCGAAUCUUCGCAGCCCUCGCCUAGUCACUAUCGAUAUUCCUAAUCUUGGAUGUGAUGGCGUCUCUCGCAGAUUUUAUCAGUUUGUGAAGGAUUUUCCUAUGGCUCCAACGAAGAUCCCCUUCGAAUCCUCACUCAACAAAUUAGAGUUUCAAAUUUCCGCCGAUGCAUUGACACAUAUUUCUCGUGAUAAAUUGGUUGCCAAUGAUUGUCUAAUGGUCCGAGAAGUCAAAUCGCAAUCUCUUCAAUUUCGAUUGAGAUGUGUGUCAGCUGUCCCAGAUUCAAAUGAUUUCCCCCUUUCGAGAUGGGUUGUUUCGGAUACGGUGUGGCCCGAAAUGAUCUUCAUGGAUAUUGAUAGCCAUGAGUUAGAGGCUAGACGCAAAUGGCACCAUGGGAGAGAUCUUCCAAUCGAUAUCACGCCGUAUGUAAAUGUUGGAGCCAACGAGAUUUCAAUAUCGAUGCCCAAGUUACCUACAGCAACUAAAGAAAAGGAAUAUUUCCUGGCAGUGGAAGAGAUUGAGAUUUUACAGCACAACGAAAUCAUGGACAUGUGUAAAGAACAAAGUAUUCCUGCAGCAACGGUCUUGGAAGAUAUUAAAAAGAAGCUUGCAGGCCCGACUGAUGAUGACGAUGAACUUUUGAUAUUGGUCACUGAUCUUUCUAUUGGUCUUACUGAUCCUUUUACCUCGAGAAUCUUUGAAAUUCCUGUUCGCGGUAAAAAUUGUUUGCAUCGGGAAUGUUUUGAUCUCGCAACUUUCCUGUCGACACGCCCAAGCAAGCCGAAACGACCAGAUCAACCUUGUAUGGUUGACGUUUGGAAGUGUCCGCUGUGCUCUGAGGAUGCACGUCCAUACAGCCUUCGGCACGAUGAAUUCCUGGCUUCUGUGAGAGACGAACUACAGCAACAAGAUAAACUAGACGCAAAAUCCAUCCUAGUAGCGGCGGAUGGUACUUGGCGACCAAAAGUGGAGUCGCAACCUUCACAUAAACGAAAGUCAAUCACCGAUGACGAUGACGACGAUUCGAUAGAUGAAGAAAGGCCAAGAAAGAAAUCAACGAAUGAUGCCAAGCAUGCCGUGAUAGAAAUCAUUGAAUUGGACGAUGAUUAAACGUUUCUUUACUGGAUUUUCGUUACGAUCACACAUGGAUACGCGAGCACAGUGCGGCGUGGAGUUUUGCAAAAUUGAUCAGCUUGUUUUCUUUGGUUGGAUGGAUUAGCUUCUUUGCAUAGGUGCUUAUUAGGGGCGUUGAUUUUAUGGAAAUGGAUGGAGGACGAACACAACCAAUCGCUUGGCGUACAUUAAUUUUUGCUACUUCUUCAUGUUAAGGCGUACUUAACACAUUUCGGAAUUCUCACAACAUGGCUUUGGCGUAUGAAUGUUCUGUUGAACGCGGCUGCGUAUGGUGCGGUUUCUUAGCAUGCGAGAACAUGACAUGGUAGAGUGGCAUAUGGUAGGGCAUGGCUUUUCUAUUUUCAAGGUGGAAAAUACUCCUAGAUCAUGAUUAUCAUGAAAUAUGAAUGGAUCAUCAGGGAUUGAUCAGAUUGAUUGCACAUGGUAAUAGACUACUAGGUCUAAAAUGGAUGGAAUUUGUACAUUGUAACAUUGUGUUCAUUGAUUGUGCUGAGCUGAGAUGCUUGGUUGCAAGACUUGGCAUUCAUUCAUGUGAAGUUAUUACAAUAAAUGAGA